AUGAUUAUGGAAGAGAGUAAUGACGAAGGAGAAGAACCAAAGGUUCUGUGGUCAUCGAGUGGUGGCAACAGUGGUUCAGGAGGUGGCGAUGGAUUGUUUGGUGGAGCGAAGGAAAGAUCGACAAUGGGAAAAGGGGCGUCGACUAGUAAUCUUGGAUCAAGAGGAUUUAGUGGAUCAGGAGGGUUUAAUGGGGUUGAUGGGUCAAGUGGGACAAAAUCAUAUUGCCUCACUCGUUUUCACUCUCACCGGAUUUCAUUCAUAUUCCGGCCAACUUUCCGGCGAUCAUCCCGACCUCUUGCAUCCCGAUCAGAACAAGAAGUGAAUUAUGGGCCGUUUUUCCUCCAUGUUAGAUGGAUUAUCAAGAACGUUUUCGACCUCCAAGAGAGGGACGAGUUCUACGGAAUGUAG